UGGAUGUAAUUAGCACUGAAAUGUAUGUAAAUAAAUAUAUAACACACGUAUUUCGCGUUUAAAGAUGUGUCUCAAAUAUAUUUAGCAUCGGUUGUCAAUUGGGUGUGGUGUCUGUCAGAAGUGUCAGACGGUCAAGUGUCAUUAUGGAUGUAUCGCUGUUUGUUUGAAUAUUGUUAUAGCCCAAAUGCUUUUAUUUGUAUAUUGUGUCCUAGUAUGUUCAUAAGCAUAUAAGUCUCACUGAACCGUUACCGUGUCUCGCCGUUCAAAUAUUUCUGAAUAAAUUGUUUGCUCGAACAUGGCAUCAUCGGUAGAUCGAAGGGACGAUGGGGUUUUCCAGCUUCUUACAGAACUAUGCGCUAAAACAGCAUCUAAGUAUGCUAAUCAUAGCAAAAUAUCUGAGAAGCAUUUGGUAGCUAAGAUGAGGUCACAUUCAUAUGGAAUUAUUUUGGGAAAAAGCAGUAAAAAGGUGCCAGACACAAAGGUUGAACCUGUGUCCGAAUUGUGGUCAUAUUACUUUAUUAGUAAGCAAAAUGUGAAGAAUAUCGCAGAGCAUAAAAGAGCGGUAGAGCUGAAAAACGUUAUUAGUAAAAUGAGAAAUACUGAUUUUGGAGAUGCACAGGAAAGUGCAACCAGAGUAUUAAAAUGCCUCCUUUGUUUAAAAAAUUCUGUGAAUGUCGAAUUUUCCCAGGAAAUUUAUAAAAACCCCUUCACAUUUGGUACUUUUGAUGAGAUGCUUCCCAAACUGCCACGAGAAUCAUUUGGGUCUUCAGACCCAUACCAUUACUACCCAUCUCAUGUGUUUGAGCUGCCUUUUGCUUUGAAGAGCCAAGGAAAUGUGUUGUAUGAGCAAAAGUCUGAAGUAUAUACAGUGGAGAAUUAUGGCUCCUCGUCAUUUAUACUAGGCCGUUCUAAUACUCAAACUGGUUGUGAGAUCAAGAAGUUUGUCAGUCCUAUAUCCAUCCCAUCCAUCACAUCUAUUGACUUUUCACCAUAUGCUGAUAACAUAUCAAUCUUUCCACGACUUACUGGCCAGAGAGACUUACAAAUACCUAAAAGCAGUUCUAACAGCCCAAGUGCCAAGAUAUCCUUACCAGACAGCAAUGUCCAGCAAAUAGAUGUUUUGGAGCCAGGAAUUAUCAUCAGUGAUAACAUUUGGGAAGUGGCCAGCCGGGUCGACAAAGAUGUUCCUGAAGACAUAUGGGAAGUUGUUUCUAAAAUGCCGCCAGUGAACCAAAGAAGGCUCAUAGCCACGUCGUCCCGGGAGGUGGGUCUGUGGCGGCGCGAGUACGGCAGCCGACUGUGUGACCUGGACAUCGUGUCGGAGCGACAGUUCAUCCGACAUGUCAUGUACCUCAUCAUUGGCGUAGAAACAACCUCCUUUCCAUUCAGCCAAGACUUUAACUGUUUCUACGUCAAGGAAAACUUGGCCUUAGAAGGAGUGUCAGUAGCGCACCUUAAGGGCUACGUGAGGGACUUUCUUCUCAUCGGCGUUUACUAUAAGCGUUUGUACCAGUUCGCGUUCAAUCACUCUGUGGAAGAUCAUUUUAGGAGCAAGGGACUUGUGUAUGAGGCGACGCGUGAAAUCGUUCAGAGAUACUUACUAAACUUCCGUCUAACUGCUACUGAGAUCUAUGAGGAAUGUACUGGAAACACACAGAAGUGCUUACCCACACUAUUGCAGAUCUUACAUCAUAUGGAGCCGUUGAAAUACGAAAUAGAGACUGUUGCGUCUAUCUAUAAAAUGAUCAAUCACGACUCCAUAACAACGAUACCAAACGGCGCCGAGCUGAUGUCGUAUCUGUUUAACGAGAUAUCUCUGGUCACUCACACGAAGACGGCUGCCACGAUGUUCAGCGCCCUAUUUUCUGUGUGCCGUGUGUACUUUAGAUUCAUCGAGCGAUUCAUAUUUGAAGGCGAACUAGACGACUGGUACAACGAGUUCUUUAUAAAGAAAGACGUUCAGUACGCGAACAGUCGUUCCAAACGGUACUGGGACAAAGGCUUCCAUAUAACUCAGAGCGUCGCCGUACCGGAGUUUUUGAGGGUACUGGCGAAGCUGAUACUGCUCUGUGGCAAGUCUCUGAGGCUACUUAAAUUAUGUAAUCCAAACGACCCUCUAGUCCUCCUCAUCUCAUCCGACCACCCCUCCAUUAAAUGCUGCGCGACUUUCGAAGCGCUCUCGCGGCAGCAGCAGCUGCUGGACGUGUACCGCACGCGCUGCCUGUUCGUGAGCGGCGAGCCCGUCACCUUCGAGCAGAUCCUGCUCAAGAAGGAGGCGGAGAAGAAAGCCUUCACCGAGAUGUCCGCCAUGAAGCAGGCGGAGACGCUUGAGAAGAUUGUUGCUGAACGCAAACGUCUAGCGCAACUCAUAGCGGCGGAGAAGCAGCAUUCCCUGCGAGUGCUCGAGACUGCCAUGGCCGAGGCCAAGGAAGCCAAGACGAGGGCGAGGGAAAGAGAACGAAAUAGGUUCCGUGUUGAGAAACAACUCCAGAAGACGACCGAUGAUGUCGAUGCCAAAUUGAGGGAUGACGAAAGGAAUAAAAUAAUGGAAUACUAUUCGAAGUUGAACCUGCAAGUCGAAAAGAGUAAAAUUCACACAGAAUGGAAAAUAAAACGACUGCAGCUCGACCAGAGUAGAAUGCAACUUCUCUCUACCGAAGAACGAAAUCUGAAGAGAGAAAAACUAGAACUAGAACACCAACAGAAAGAUAAAACGGAAAAUGAGAUCAUUGAAAAAGUAUCUGUGGAUGGAUCUGGUGAUGCGUGUGAACAAAGCGUUAAAGAUACAAAAUCCGCAGAAUCGAUUUCAGUUGAUGAUGAAAUAUUAACUUUUAAUGGAGAUACGUCAACUCUUGAUGAUGCUGACAAACAUGAAUCAGCCCUUGAUAAGAUUUCUACACCAAUGACGGCAUCAACAUCAUCAAUAGUGAUGACAGACCUCACAGCACAAAAUCCGGAGUUUGACAAUAACAAAGCAAAAUCCGUCUCAUCUUCAGACGUUUUCAGUGCUAUAUGUAAUGCAGCUAAAAACAUAUUUAGUCUACGGACAUCUGACGAUAAGCAAUGUGAUAAUAAGAAAGUGCUUGAUGCCCAAGGAAAUGUAGUAAUCGAUGGCUUAACAACUAAAACAUCAAGCGAAGUCAUUGGCGCAAAUUUGGACGGUAUCUAUGACAAUGAACAGUAUCUUAAAAUGAGGGAAGAGGCCUUGAAGAACAAGCACAAAGUAAUGACAAAUGAAUUCGGACAGACUGACCAAGAAAACAAUAGAUUAAAAGCUCCUUUACAAAAUUCGCUUGACGAAGAAAAUAAUAUUAAUACCCCUUUCGCUGAAGCUCGGCGCAAUAAACUUAAAGUCCUUGGAGCAGAAUUUGAUAUAAAUCCGAAAGAUGAUAAACAAGCUGUGGCAGAACCGAGGACAGAUGCUCAAAAGCAAGCGCUUAUAAAUAAACAGAAGGUUCUAGGAGUUGAAUAUAACUUACCAGCUGAUACUGUAAAACGAAAUGAACCAGCAAAUAAGGCACAGGAAGAAGCAGUUCAGAACAGGGAUAAGAUGUUGGGUUCGGAUUUUGAUGCUCCGUCUUUGAGUGCCAGACGAGAAAAAGGCGAGAGGGCUGGUUUGACGCUAAAUUUGAAACCUUAUAGCGAGAUUUCAAUGGCUACGUACACUAUACCUACUCCCAGUAAUGCACUCACGCCUGGAGAAUUUCCACAAUUGGAUUUGGAAACGCCAACAACAGCCGAUAUACCCUUGGGAGCAAUGACCAGCGACGUUUUUACUCCCCGAAGUGAAACCGGCAACAUAGAAUCAGCCAGAAUUCCGAGCGAUAAAGAAUUCUUACGCGCCGACGGUUUCGACUUCUCACUUCUAGUCGACGAAGACGCAGAAUCUGAAGAACCGACGAUGUUAGAAAACGAUGAUUUCAACAAAUCGGUCAUAAAUAAAUCCAAUUACGGGAUAACAGAUCAUUUUAAACCGAAACGUAGCAUCUUUAAUUUGUUAGAAGGCACUUACAGUUUAGAUGACUUUGAUCCGUUCGGUACUAGGGACGUAAAAAAAUAUACUAAAGACUAUUUCAAUAGUAAAAUGUCAUUAGACGCGUCGGACUCUUGUUACACACAUCCAGCAAUUACCUUGGAGGAAACCAAGAAGAAGCCUUAUACGAAUAUAUUUGCAUCUAAUUUCGUGGAGGAUACAGAGCAAAUAACUUGUGAUAAUAUAGCGACUUUAACGGCCUGCUUGCAACGAUCUGUAAUGCUGCCUCUAACUUAUCAGUUAGAAGUUGUGAACAAUGCCAUAUUGACCCAUUUUCUGGUCAAUCUCGAUAUGUACGAGCAUUUGAGGAGUUUGAAGGAUUACUUUUUCCUCAUGGACGGGGAAUUUUCGAGUAGUAUUUGCAGGAAUUUGUUCACUAAACUGACAAAAACGCUGAAUCCGCAAGAAUUGCUCAACUUUUCGACGCUACACAAUAUUCUGGAUAAGGCGCUUGGUUCGUCAAUUACACACGUCCACAAGUUCUCCGAAAACCUAUCAUUCACAAUAACCGAGUCCCCCCUGAGCUUCCAACACACGUCGCCCGACGUACUGCAGUGCCUGUCCCUGACAUACGCGGUGUCGUGGCCGCUGAAUAUCAUAAUGUCGCAAGACGCACUGCUGCGGUACGCCAAGGUGUUCCAGUUCUUGAUCAAGAUGAGGAGGAUAUUUUGGACGUUGGGUGAAGAUUUCCAGGCAUUGAAGCUAGCAGUCAAAGUAUCAAAACAACAGUCCCGAAAACUACUCGGAUCCCCACAAUACAUCUCCAUCCAACUACACAGGCACAUAAUGUCGUCUUUCGUACGAGCGUUAGACAACUACAUAGUGACCACUUGUAUACUAAGCUCUUGGACGGAGUUCGAGAACGAUCUGAAGAAAGCGCGGACGUUGGAUGACCUAUACGACUGCCAUGUGGUGUAUAUAAAGAAGGUGUUGUUUAGAUGUCUGUUGAACAACAGAUCGACGCCCGUUAUGAAACUGUUGAACGAUAUAUUUACAGUUAUAUUGAAAUUCAGUCGCGUUCUGAAAGCUGGAAAAUGGCACCAAAAAGAACCGGAAGACUCGUUCACCCACACCAGCUUCGCGCAGCUGGUGGAAUUGUUCCACAUGUUCGAGAAACUGGCCAAGUACUUGCACAAGGUCAUCACCAAACUCAUGGAGUGCGGGUACCAGAGGCAUUUAGCGGAACUGCUUAUUAUGGUCAACCUUAAUCAGUUUUAUGACUCUGAGAAGAAGGAUGAACAGAAUUCUAGUAUAGUUUCUAAAACGUAAUUCAAGGUUGACAGCCAUCUGUGCUGAUGAGAUUAGUUAUCUAGUUCAGAAGUAAAUGGGUCGAAAAAGAAGCGUCAGGGAAAUAACAUAUACCUUUCUCUGUCCCUCUCAGCAGAAAUUUCCGGUGACCGGGUAGAUAUAAUAACCCCUUAAGUCAUUACAAUAGGAAGCGUGCUUAAAGUCUAGGGGGCAGUACAAGAGCCCCCAGGUUUUGGGGAUGAAGUGUUAAUGACAAGUUUAAGCUUCUGAGAUGGCAGACCCUCUAAGACGCAAGUUAGUGUGAGUGAACUGUAUGGCGCAGCUCCCGUUGGCGUUGCUUGGCAUGAAGUGUCAAUGUCAAGUUCAAGUUUUCGAUUUAUGCCACAAGAUGGCAGAUCGUAUGCGCUGUUGAGGGUGAAUCAACUUUUGCUUGCCACUCGUUCCUAUGGUUCUCCUGGGACACAAUGAAAACCCUAGUUUUAUGGUAAUAGAAUUAAACAAACAUACAAUUUGAGUAUUUUUUAUGGUAGUUAUAUAGCCCUUCUUAUAAUGGACCAUUUACUAAGCACGUUAGUAAAAUGUGGUAUGUGAGUGCGAGUGAGCUGCGAAUUUGCAUAGAGAAAUUAUGAAUGAAUUCAUUUAUAAAUUAGCUGUGCACUUUUGCAGCUGAUGGUACAUUUUUUUUUCUAAAAAACUGCUUUUAGUAUCUCUCUAGUCUUGCUGUCAAGACAGAAUAACAACCAGAAAGUAUUGAUCACCCAUAAACUUGGUGGUAUUUGUUGGAUAGAAAAGUAGCCAAAAAGUACGUGUUACUAUUUUUGCUAAUGCUAAUAUAGAUUUUAUUUCCAUUGUAAUGAUCAUUUGGGUCUCCAUUAACUUCGUGUGCCGGGUUUUUUUUUUUCUAAUAGUUUCCUGGUUCCUGCAUACGAUACGAGGGCGUAAUCUGAAGAUGAUAUGCUAUUAUAUUUAAUUAUUGUGAUAUUUAUACGCCCACCUGUUGUAUAGUAGGUAUGGUUUUUAACGUACUCAUAGCCUAUUAAUAAACAUAUUAGAUCUAAAGUUGCCUGAUAGAUUGUUGCAUUUUGAAUUCUAGUUGCCUUUUUAUUAAUAUAGUUAAAUUUACUUUAUUGAGCUGUUUUGUUGUUUUGGCAACCAUACUAAUAUUAAUAUUAUUAUUCUUGUUGCUAGGAUUCCUGCCACACUAAGUUAUUGCUUAAAAUAUGUGAUUGAUGUAAAUUGUGAACGUUUAGCUGUAUUGAGUUUAUAGCAGAAUACAUAUCAAUAAAAGUGAAUUUAUUACAUUUGAUCUGAUCAUGGUUUUAACAUCUACUAAAAUAAAUACUUAAUAUGAA